UCUAAAAUGGCCCUGCUUGUCUCGUCCCUCCUCCUCCUGGCCCUGCUGGCGCUCAGGACCAAUGGCUGCCCCACCACUUGCCGCUGCUACAGCAUGACCGUGGAGUGUGGCUCCCUCGGCCUCAAGGAGAUCCCGGCCAGCAUCCACCCCUCCACCCAGACCGUCUUCCUGCAGGAUAACAGCAUCACGCAGAUCCACCAGCAAGACCUGGUGGCGCUGCGGGGCCUGCACUAUCUCUACAUGCAAAACAACACCAUCUCGGCGCUGGAGCCGGGCGCCUUCCGCAGCCAGCAGCGCCUGCUGGAGCUGGCCCUCACCGGCAACCGCAUCCACCUCCUCAACAGCAGCAUCUUCAAGGGCCUGGAGCACCUGCGCGUCCUCUACCUGGCUGGCAACCAGAUCACCAAGCUGCUGGAUUUCACCUUCUGCCACCUGCAGAGGCUGCAGGAGCUGCACCUGCAGGAGAACAGCAUCGAGACACUGGAGGAGCAGGCGCUGGCGGGGCUCUCCUCCCUCGCCCUGCUCGACCUCAGCAAGAACAACCUGCGCACCAUCAGCCGCGCCGCCCUGCGCCCCCUCAUCAGCCUGCAGGUGCUGAGGCUGACAGAAAACCCCUGGCGAUGUGACUGCGCCCUGCACUGGCUCGGUGCCUGGAUCAAGGAGGAAGGGCAGCGUCUCCUCAGCUCGCUGGACAAGAAGAUUGUGUGCUCGGAGCCCCCCCGCUUGGCCUACCAGAGCCUGCUGGACAUCUCUGGGAACAGCCUGAUCUGCAUCCCGCCUGUGGUGCAGGUGGAGCCGCUGGAGGUGACGGCCCGGCUUGGGGACGACCUGCGGGUCUCCUGCCAGGCCUCCGGCUACCCGCAGCCGCUGGUGAGCUGGCGGAAGGUGGCCCACGUGCGGGCAGGCCCCGCCACGGUGAGCGCCAGGCCGCUGGGUGGGAGGGCGGAGCUGCGCGAGCGCAGCGGCGGGGAGCGCUUCGACUCGGACACGGGCAGUGGAAUGCUCUUCCUCAACAACAUCACGGUGGCCCACGCCGGCAAGUACGCGUGCGAGGCCUCCAACCCGGGCGGCACGGCCCGCGUGCUCUUCCACCUCACGGUCAACCUCUCCCAGCAGCAGCCGCUGCCGCCGCCGCGCGCCUACCCAGCCUCCGUGGACGUCAGCCAGGAGCCCCUCUACGACAUGGAGAGCAUGGACUUCAACGCCCUGAGCAUGGCCACGCAGACGGCCAUCGCCGUAGGGAUCUCGCUGCUGGCCCUCGUCGCCCUGCUCCUCAUCGUCAUGAUCUACCGGAAGCACCGCAAGCGGAAAAAGGCCAAGAAGGAGGAGAACAUCCUCUACGUCAACGACUACUCGGACGGGCCCACCACCUUCGCCCAGCUGGAGGAGUACCGCGACGAGCGGGGCCACGAGAUGUUCGUCAUCGACCGCACCAAGCCGCUCUUCGCCACUUACAAGGACCCCGAGGGGCUGGCCGGGGCCUUCCCGGGGCUUCCGGAGCCGCUGCAGGACCAGGCCACGCAGACCCUGGAGGGGGAGGAGGAGGGCGAGCGGGAGGCCAGCGAACUGUUUGUCAAUCAGGGACUCGCGUUCCAGCCGCAGAUCGCCUACGAGAUCCACUGCUGA